UUAUCUUCACCUGGCGCCAGGGCUGGGCCUCAGGUGGGAGGAACCAGCAGACACCAGGGUAACGUUUCAGGAGUUGGCAGCGCUCGUGCUGCUCGGAGCAUGCUGCCUCCGACCAGCAGAGCUGGGCUCCAGCGUCGCAGGAGCUCCUCUUGCGACGGGCUCAGCAGAGCGUGUUUGUCUCCCUCCCGCCCGCAGCCUCCAUGGAAUGCAGCGAGCGCGCCGGCUCCUACUACGACGCCCUCCUGAGAAAAUGCAUCAGCUGCUUUGACAUCUGCGGGCGGCACCCCAUCCAGUGCAUCUCCUUCUGCGAGAGCGAUAAGCUGGUAACUACCUCAUCCACUGUGGUUGCUGUGGAGCGGAGGCCAUGCAGUGACCAGGACCAGUGGCUUGUGCUCUACCUGCUGCUGGGCCUCUGCCUCUGCAUCCUCAUCUGCUCUUUGCUGCUGGGCUGGACCCACUUCAGGAGGAAGGGGGAAGUGGUCUCCUGCCAACCAGGCCCCAGGCCAUGCCACAAGAGAGAGGAUUCAUCCAAAGAUCGUUUAGUGGAAGCGGGAAGCGCUGGAGAUGGAUUUGCUGGAAGCAGGAUACCAGAGCCAGUGGAGACCUGUGGCUUCUGCUUUCCUGAGCAAGGGGCUGCCACACAGGAGACCAGCCCAUGUCACAGUAGCUUCUACCAUCUAGGAGCAAGGGCUGCUGUCCCUGCCCCUGAGGACGGCCACUUCAAAAUUAUAUGCUCUCCAUCGCAAGAGAAGACGCUCACAGCAUGAACUCACAGUCGGGCUUCUGUGUGGUUGCCAACAGCCUAACUGCUGGGAAGAAAGCUACUUGCCCUUAAUUUCUGCCCUGUUUCCAAUAAGCACCACUAUACCUUGCCUGCCCAUCAGUCACACUCCCUUUCGUACUAUGGAGUGGGACGGGCAGCCCAUCACUGCUAUUCUCCACAAUGGAAAUAAAAGUCUCAUGAUUAUACUCAGGAAACCUCUUGCUUCCUUUCCCAU